AUGUAUCGUUAUGAAAAAGUAAACCUGAACUUGAAGAGUGUGAUUUAUAGAGCUGGGGUACAAUAUGGAGGACUUCCUGAAUGGGACUUUAUCUGGAAAAAGUACCUCAAUGCUAUUGUUCCAUCGGAAAAACAUAAACUGUUAAUCGCACUCUGUCGCACACAGGACACCAACCAUCUUGCAAGACUUUUAGAGGAAGCUGCUAAGGGCGAAAACAUUCGUCACCAAGACCUGACCACAGUAGUUAGUGUUGUUUCCAUCAACACUAAUGGACAAAUUCUGGCAUGGAGAUUUGUACAGCAAAAUUGGAAGAAAUUCGUGAAAUGGUUUGGCAGUUCAUCAUUUAUCCUGCCCAAUCUUGUGAAGAGUACCACAUCAUCAUUCUCUACAGAAUUUGAUUAUGAAGAGGUGUCUGCAUUCUUCAAUUCCCAUGAUUCGGCAUCUGUCAACAUGUCUGUAGCCUCAAGUUUGGAGAAUAUCAGGAUGAAUAUUGAUUGGCUAGAAAACAAUGAAGACAUUGUGACUACCUGGUUAAAUAAUCCUAAAAACAUCUUACAUGUACCAGACAGCAGAUAA